UACUUUGACAGGCUUAUGUAUUUAAUGCGGUAGUUUCCUGUUAGCUUCUGAGGUUUUGCGAGCAGACUGUGCGGGAUGGAAAUGAGGUGUUUAAGUCUUCUACUGGUCUGUGUGCUGUCAGUGUGUCAUGCUACAGCCGAAAAUGCCAGCGUUAAAAAGAUGAAAAUGCAAUAUACUGGAAUGCCACUGCUGAAGUUUCAGAUUUGUGUGUCCUGAGGUUACAGGCGGGUGUUUGAAGAGUACUCUCGGGUUCUCACCCAGAGGUACCCAGACAUCCGCAUCGAGGGAGAAAACUUCCUGCCCCAGCCUAUAUACAGGCACACAGCUUCCUUCCUCUCUGUCUUCAAAUUUGUAGUGAUUGGUUUAAUUAUCCUGGGCAAGGACCCUUUCACAUUUGUCCGUACGGAUACUCCCGGAAUCUGGCUUUGGGCACAAGAGAAUAAGAUAUAUGCCUGCAUGAUGGUGUUCUUCCUCAGCAACAUGAUUGAAAACCAGUGUAUGUCCUCUGGCGCCUUUGAAAUCACACUUAAUGAUGUGCCUGUAUGGUCAAAGCUGGAGUCAGGCCACCUACCCUCCAUGCAGCAGCUGUUGCAGAUUUUGGAGAAUGAGAUGAAGCUGAGCGUACACAUGGACUCUCUCCCCCACAGACGGGCGUAAGGCUGCAGGAACUGAACAGACCGGCUGUAAUUUGUGUGUGAUGUGUGUCAUUGGUGUGCGAGACGGCAUUAAUGAAGGUUUGCACUGAAUGCAGUGUCUCUGCUAGUGCAGGCUGGAUGUCCAGUCCCUCUCGCUGCUCCAUGAGUCUGCUGUACACACACAGCCGCUCUGCAGUCUUCGGCCAAUAAGAACGUGUGCUGUUAAGUUGCAACAAAAAUUGGUGUCAAAUACAGUGUUUUACCUGUUUUCAGGUGUAUGCAGUAGACUGCUGUAUUAAUUACUGAAAUCAGUUUCACAGUCUUGGUGUACAUUGGGAAAUUAUUAAGAAACUAUGUCUAAUGUGUUUAGAACUACAAACUGUAUUUAAUUUUGCUCACUCAUUUUAUUGACCCUUUCAUCUCUGUUUAUAUGGUAAUAUGCAAAUGUAUUCAUUCCACUGAUGUUUAUGCAAUGUACGUUCUAGACAACGGUAUUCUUUAAAAAUAGUUCUGGAAAUUUAUCAUCAAGGAUGUACUUUGAUACAGUUAGAUUUUUUUUUUAAUCAUAUUUAAUAUUUGCUUGUACUGUGUUUUGAAUAAAGUUAAUCAAUCAUG